AUGGACCCUAGUUGUGCAGAGUGUGGCCUAUCGGCGUCUGAGAGUAAUAUUGCAAUGCAAAAUGACCUUGCGACGCUCUUUGCAAAACAGAUGAGCGUCGGGUCUGAACCACCAAAGGACAAAAAAGUCCUCCGUCCGAUCGUUUAUAGUAUCACACAGCACUACCAUCAUUCCUCGCAUGUGGCGCGCCAGGCAGCAACAGAGCCCAUGGACUUAAGCUGA